CUCUCUCCCUCCACCCUCCCUCUUCUGAUUGCGUUGCUUUACCUGUUCUGCACUAAUACUGGCCUUCCCAGCCGCCACCCUGCAGGUCCUGAGUUAGUGACCCGUGCUUGCAAGCGGCCGUCCGGUUGACAGCUGGGGAAUUCUGAAUCUGAGCUCGCUUUGAAAUCCCCCGGCACAGCCCAGCGCGACCAGCUGACUCACGCUGAACUUGCAAAUGGCAGGAAAGGCACACAGACUGAAUCCUGAUCAACGUGAGCAGCUGCUGCCCAAUCUCAGAGCUGUGGGGUGGGCUGAAGUAGAGGGCAGAGAUGCAAUUUAUAAGGAGUUUGUCUUUAAAAACUUUAACCAGGCUUUUGGUUUCAUGACGAGAGUGGCGCUGCAAGCAGAGAAAAUGGAUCAUCACCCUGAAUGGUUCAACGUCUAUAAUAAGGUCCACAUAACUCUAAGCACACACGAGUGUGGCGGGCUCUCUGAGCGAGACAUUAAACUGGCUACCUUCAUGGAAGAAUCCACCGUUGGUCAGUGACAUCCAAGGACAGCACCAGUUGAUGGUACAAAAACGACCAGUGGCUGAGGUGGGACCUAGCUCAAUACAGACAUCAGCAUAUGUUAAAAGUGCGUGUUCAUCACCCAUUAAGAGUCAAGCUGUAUUCAAAUAUGACUGAAUAGUACGUCACUUGUAGCAGUAUUAGUAUACUACAUGAGGAAAUGUGCCUUCUAUCAAUAAAAUUAAUGGUUUCAUUCA